AGCAAUAGACGUCCCGCCUCUGUGGUGGAAGGAAAGAAGCAUUGGCGUUGAUCUUACGCUCAAAAAUCCCCAAUUUCCAAAAACCCUAAUCUUUUGUUCUCUCUCUCAUCAUCUCCAUCUUUUUCCCUCUACAUUCGCAGUUUCUAAUCCGGAUCCUUCGGUUUCAAUCCGCCGCAGCACUCUCUUCUCCUUAUUCUUCGCACUCCCUUUCGUUUUCCUGCUGAGUUUCAGAACACAAUGAGGAAAGGUACUAAAAGAAAAGCAACUCGAAAGGAGCAGGAUAAACCUGCGGAACCUAAGCCCAAGGAAGCUCCAUCUCGGGCCAAGCGGACCAAGCUUCCCAAACCCGAAUCUGAACCCGAGUACUUUGAGGACAAGCGUAACUUGGAAGAUCUGUGGAAAGCAGCAUUUCCUGUUGGGACAGAGUGGGAUCAAUUGGACUCGGUUUAUCAAUUCAACUGGAAUUUCUCAAAUCUUGAAGAUGCGUUUGAAGAGGGAGGAAAGUUGUAUGGCGAGAAGGUUUAUCUAUUUGGUUGUACAGAGCCUCAAUUGGUUCCUUUCAAGGGAGAAAAUAAAGUUAUAUGCAUACCUGUUGUGGUGGCUGUUGCAUCUCCUUUCCCACCUUCUGAUAAAAUUGGCAUCAAUUCUGUUCAAAGAGAGGCUGAAGAGAUAGUUCCCAUGAAACAGAUGAAAAUGGACUGGGUUCCUUAUAUUCCUCUGGAGAAAAGAGAUAGCAGAGUUGAUAAAUUAAAAUCUCAAAUAUUCAUCCUCAGUUGCACUCAGAGAAGAGCUGCUUUGAAGCAUUUGAAAAUAGAUCGUGUCAAGAAAUAUGAGUAUUGCUUACCCUAUUUUUACCAACCCUUUAAGGAAGACGAAUUUGAACAAAGCACCGAGGUUCCAAUUAUUUUUCCAGCCGACCCAAAGCCAGUUUUCUGUGAGUUUGAUUGGGGAUUUGAUGAACUCGAGGAGUUCACGGAUAAGUUGAUUGAGGAUGAAGAAUUAUCGGAAAAUCAAAAGGAUGCCUUCAAGGAUUUUGUAAGGGAGAAAGUUAGAGAGGCCAAGAAAGCUAAUAGAGAGGCUAGGGAAGCACGGAAUAAAGCCAUUGAGGAAAUGAGCAAAGAAACUAAAGAAGCAUUUGAGAAGAUGAAAUUUUACAAGUUUUACCCUGUACAAACACCUGAUACACCCGAUAUAUCCAACGUUAAGGCUCCAUUUAUAAAUAGGUACUAUGGAAAAGCUCAUGAAGUUCUGUGAUAUCUCAUACCAUGGCUGGCACAAGAUAGAAAUUGAUAUGAAGCUCCUUUCUGGUCCACAUUUUGCUCAACAUUUGAAGGUACAGCUUCUUUUAUGCCGAAAAUGAUGAUGCCAAUGCCUUUCGACUUUUCAUUGAUUUAGCAAGAAGAAAUGAUGGGAUCUAGAACAAUACCCACCAAAAUCUGGAUAGGCCGCUGUACUAUUUAGGCUCAUGCUUUUUUUCUUCAAUCGUUUUUUCUUCCUUUUUCUACAUUUCACGUUUCUUUUAGCAAACAAAAGGACUUAGAAUCUCACUCACCUCAGUUGGGAUAUCUUGGUGUAAUUCUGUUAAUUAUUCCAUCAGUUCAGUUUUGUAUAACCAUAGUUUGAGUUCUACAACCCUCCAAGAACGAACCUGUUCUUCACUGCAAUUGGUUUUUGAAGGAUAUAUAUAUUGAUUACAACCUCCAAGAACAAAUUCUUCCAUAA